CCCUAAUUUCAACACUCUUUCUCUCUCUUCUCAACUUCCUACUUUCAAUGGCAUUAGCACCAUCUCACCUCUCUAAACCAUUCUCUCCCACUCUCAAACCACCAUCAUCAUCCCGACUAAUCCCUUCCAACUUCCGUCCAUUGAAAAUCCGAAGCUCCGUUGCCGUCGCGCCGUCAUCAACCUCCGUAACAACAUCGAAGGAAUACAAGGUGAAGUUUGUCAAGGCGAGGCAGAUCAUUGAUAGCAGAGGAAAUCCGACGGUCGAGGUUGAUCUUGUUACUGAUGAUCUAUACCGAUCGGCUGUUCCGAGUGGAGCUUCUACUGGGAUCUAUGAAGCGCUUGAGCUUAGAGAUGGCGAUAAGAAUGUUUAUGGAGGGAAAAGUGUUCUUAAAGCUGUUAGAAAUAUUAAUGAAGUGUUGGGACCAAAGCUUAUCGGUAUCGAUGUCAGGAAUCAAGCUGAUGUGGAUGCAGUCAUGUUGGAAAUUGAUGGAACUCCAAAUAAAUCACAACUGGGAGCAAAUGCAAUUCUAGGUGUUUCUUUGAGUGUAUGUAGAGCUGGAGCCGGGGCAAAAGGAGUUCCACUCUACAAACACAUACAAGAAAUCUCAGGGACAAAGGAACUGGUUAUGCCCGUUCCAGCAUUCAAUGUGAUAAACGGAGGCAGUCACGCUGGCAACAAUCUCGCCAUGCAAGAGUUCAUGAUCCUUCCUGUUGGGGCGACUUCAUUUUCUGAGGCACUUCAAAUGGGUAGUGAAGUUUAUCACACCUUGAAGGGAAUCAUCAAGGCAAAGUAUGGACAAGAUGCAUGUAACGUUGGAGAUGAAGGUGGUUUUGCUCCAAAUGUGCAGGAUAAUAGAGAAGGAUUGGUUUUGCUAAUGGAUGCAAUUGAAAAGGCUGGCUAUACAGGAAAGAUUAAAAUAGGAAUGGAUGUAGCAGCGUCCGAGUUCUUAACCAAGGAAGGACACUACGAUCUGAAUUUCAAAAAGCAGCCAAAUGACGGAGCAGAUGUGCUUACUGCACAGAGUCUCCGUGAUCUUUACAAAGAAUUUGUGAAAGAUUUCCCAAUCGUAUCCAUCGAAGAUCCAUUUGACCAAGAUGAUUGGAGUUCAUGGGUUUCUUUGCAAUCUUCUGUUGAUAUUCAAAUUGUCGGUGACGACUUGCUGGUCACAAACCCUACGAGAAUAGCUGAAGCAAUUAAGAAGAAAGCCUGCAAUGCUUUGCUCUUAAAGGUUAACCAGAUUGGUUCUGUAACUGAAUCAAUUCAAGCGGCUUUAGACUCCAAAGCCGCUGGAUGGGGUGUGAUGGUCAGUCACAGAAGUGGUGAAACCGAGGAUAACUUCAUUGCAGACCUUUCUGUUGGUUUGGCUAGUGGACAGAUCAAGACAGGAGCACCUUGCAGAAGUGAACGGUUAGCCAAGUAUAAUCAGCUGGUGCGUAUCGAAGAGGAACUUGGAAAUGUGCGUUAUGCAGGCGAAGCAUUCAGAUCUCUUUAAUGGGUGAGGAUUGAAUAGAUGAUCAAAGUGUUAUGUUUUUGUUGUAAUAAGAAAUAAUGCCCUCAUUAGUGACAGUUUGUUGUAAGUAAAGCUAAAUGCUUGGCUUGGCUUGGCUUUGACAUGUCAGUUGGCAGGACUCUUCUACCAAAUAUAUUUUAUAGACCAAAUUCUCAUUUUUCUUCA